CGCUGUUCGUUCGAUGGACAGUGCUCGCUAACCUUUGCUGCUCUCGGGUACGCUUUGGGGUUCAAUACAGCAUAUCCCAAGGAGCAGGGAGGGGCGCCGCGACGCAGCGAUGAGCGCGAUGGACACGUCCCAGACGCCGCCGCAUCGGCACGCCUACCGAGCGGCCGACGCGGUAUUAAGGAGCCACACGCCGACGAGCCAAUUCGGCAAGAGCGCUUUAGUAAGGCAGUGCCUCGACGGCACCGCCUUCGCGCCUCCUACUAAACAAAGGGAGCGCAAGGCCGACGCGGCAUCAGCAUUGAGGUGCUGCGCGGCGUGCUUGCGGCCGGGCGCGACGCGACGCUGCGGCCGCUGCGGCAAGGCGUCGUACUGUAGCAAGGAUUGUCAAAGAACGGAUUGGGCUAGACAUAAAAAAACAUGUCUGGGGAGAGAUGAUGCUCUAAAUGCGCCGAUCCAGUCGUUGACGUCGGAACUGUCGAACGUCUUCCGGUUGGGCGAGGACGCUCUGAAAAGAGCGGGCCUGCCGAACCCGUCGGUGAGCUGGUCGAAGGAGGUCCUUGAAGCUCUCUGUGAUUGCUGCUUGUUGCCUGGCUUACAAUUGGUCCCGUCCGACGACCGGCCCCACGAGGGUUUGGGAUUGGGCCUGCGGACGAUCGCGUUGCUGUUUUUGAGGCAUGGUGCGACACCGACGCCCAAGCUCUACAAAUGGUCCUCGCGCACAAAUCCGUGGAGAGCGGGCCUGGCAUGGAGGAUCCGGCGGCUUAUAUCGUGGCGCGCGCAUGGGGCCGGAGACGUUUCCUUCCGGUCAUCCCUUGCGCUGGCCCUGCGACGACGCGUUGAUUCGGCUCGGGCCGUUGCUGCGGCACGCGUCUUCUGUCCAAUUGCCACCGGAGCCUUUAUUGGGACUGGGGUCCGGCGAGGAUGAUAGGGUGGAGAUCAUCGGCGCGCUGCGGUCGCUGGCGUACGUCCAGGAGCCGGCGCCUUCCGGGAAGGUGGAUCUUGUUCGC